AUGUCACUGUACGAGGAGACAUUAUCGGUGCGCAGUGAAUCUAUUGUUCAAUUGGGACAGUGUUCAAAUACGGGCUCGAGUAGGAAUAUAACGGGAGCGAGAAUUUGCCGAGGCGUGGUACUGUACACAAAAAAUCGACCAAUAAACACAUCGACAUUGACCCUGCCUAUCAGCUGUUACGAGCAAAGCAACCACACAGUCACGGGACUCUGA